CCCGCCCCCUUCCACGUCGACCUGCACUCUCGCCAUAUUUUCAAGCCCGUGAAUCCCGGUGUGUUGUGCCUCCAAGUUGAGCAGAAGAAUCUUUCACACCAGGCAGGAUCAAGCGUGACCCGUUUCAAAGUCCACGUUAGCUUCUCAGCUGUGUCUCUGUUAUUUUUCUUUUUGCAGCUAUGAACAUCUUCAGGCUCACAGGAGAUCUUUCUCAUCUGGCUGCUAUCAUCAUCCUGCUACUCAAAAUAUGGAAAAGCAGGUCGUGUGCAGGCAUCUCUGGAAAGAGCCAAAUUCUGUUUGCUCUUGUGUUCACCACACGUUACUUGGAUCUGUUCACCUCUUUCAUCUCCCUGUAUAACACAUGCAUGAAGCUGAUCUACAUCGGUUGCGCAUAUGCCACCGUAUACCUAAUCUACGCGAAGUUCAGGGCCACCUACGAUGGAAACCACGACAGUUUCAGAGUGGAGUUCCUGGUGGUUCCUGUCGGGGGUCUUUCUGUUCUCAUUAACCAUGACUUCUCUCCCCUGGAGAUCCUGUGGACGUUCUCCAUCUACCUGGAGUCUGUGGCAAUUCUGCCUCAGCUCUUCAUGAUCAGCAAGACCGGGGAGGCUGAGACGAUCACCACCCACUACCUGUUCUGCCUGGGGCUGUAUCGGGCCCUUUACCUCUUCAACUGGAUCUGGCGUUUCUACUUUGAGGGCUUCUUUGACAUGAUUGCCAUAGUGGCUGGGGUGGUCCAGACUGUCCUCUACUGCGACUUCUUCUAUCUUUAUGUCACCAAAGUGUUGAAAGGCAAGAAGCUGAGCCUGCCAGCGUAAAAAAGCAUGGAAGGAGACGGCGACUCCGAGCAGACUCAGGAGGUGUGGAGAGGAAGUCAUGGAUUCUCAUGACCUGUAGUAAAAGACGCCUGAGACAGAGAGCCAACUAUCGGGGGGAAAAAACACUAGUCUUCUUGAUGAUUACUGAUGGAACUGGUAAAUGCCAACAAACACCAGAGCUGAACAAAGAUCAGUCCAGAUCAACUAUUGGAUUUUUGUGUUCAGCAUCUUGCCUUAAGCUUUUUUUCAUUGCUGUUCAAAUAGGAGAAAAGGAUUUGGUUUUUUGUUUUUGUGCGUUUUUCCGCUACAUGUGAGGUGUAUGCGCUUUUUUUUUUUGCUUUUUUUUUUUUUUAAAGUUUUUUUUAAAAUUUUCUUUUUUUUCCUUUUUUUUUUAAAAUUUUUUAUUUUUUAUUUUUAUUUUUAAAAGAAAAACAUCAUCCAUGGUGGUCGACUUUGAUAAGUACCUUGUUUGACUUGGUAAUGAAAUGCACAAAAUGUACAGUCUUAUUAAAGCGUGAGAUAAAGAGUGAUGUAUCAGAGUGCCUGAUAAAGUUCUCACAGUUUCUCACAGUAUUUUUUUUUUUUAAUUCUUUUUACUUUUGCAUUUUUUUAAGGUAUGCAUAUCCUCUAAUACAUGUAUCAAGUUUUUUUUUUUCUGUAAUGUUUAAAGAGGUCAACAUAAUUUCGCACCAGCAUGCUCAUUAUUUUGUAAAACAUGGCUUUCUAAAUGAACAUUUUAACAGAAUUAAUGGUUUGAUCUUAAAUUCAAGAAGUAACCCAUGAAAUGAAUGACUUUAAUGCCAGCAAUCAUUUCAUGGCAGGUAUCAGUAUUUUCCCAAUGGUGGCUGUCUCGAAUAAGGAUGCUUGGUAACGGUUUUUCUUCUGCUAACUGUUCUUUGUUAUGUAGCUUCACACAGUCUUGAAUAAAUGCUGCAUCACAUUUCUAGAUGCCGACAGAGCACAAACUCUCACUGCACCCCGGCAACAAACUCAUGAAUGCCUUCCGGUGGCGACGCGCCAGUUACAUGGAUCCUGAAAUGUUGGGAAUGGGGACAAAACUAACAGCCACUUUUCCCACACUGGGGAUGCUUCCCUGUUUAUCCUCCAGCACAUUGUCACAUCUCAGUUGUUACCUGUAUGGCUCAGUUAUUAAGAAGGUGCGAUGGUCACCAACGGGUGCAUUGCUAAAAAGGCCUCUCGUUUCUUUUUAUAGUAGCGUUCCUAAAUAAUUCAUUUUAUUCUUCUUCUUUUUUUUUUUUUUUUGCAUGUUAUCACCUCCAUUAAAGAUUUUAUGAGAAUCAUA